GAGGGGCCGAGCUAAGGCGACUGUUGAUGACAGGGAGGAAGAGGAGGAGGCAGAGGAGGAAGAGACUGUGUGUGUUCCAGGUGCUUGCUUGAAGCUAUAGACUUUUCACAAUGGGUGAAAGAAAAGGCGUGAAUAAGUAUUACCCUCCUGACUUCGAUCCAGCAAAGCAUGUCUCCCUUAAUAAAUACCGGAACAGCCACCCACUGCGAGAGAGAGCCCGCAAGCUCUCCCAGGGCAUCCUUAUCAUCAGGUUCGAGAUGCCCUAUAACAUCUGGUGCGAUGGCUGCAAAAAUCACAUUGGAAUGGGUGUCCGGUACAACGCGGAGAAGAAGAAAGUUGGGAAUUACUACACUACCCCCAUCUACAGGUUUCGGAUGAAGUGCCACCUGUGUGUCAAUUACAUCGAGAUGCAGACGGACCCGGCCAACUGUGACUACGUCAUCGUGAGCGGGGCCCAGCGCAAGGAGGAGCGCUGGGACAUGCAGGACAAUGAGCAGAUCCUGACCACAGAACACGAGGAGAAGAAGCAGCUGGAGACAGAUGCCAUGUACCGGCUAGAGCAUGGUGCCAUGGACCAGAGCAAGCUGCAGAGAGCCAUCCCCACCUUGUCCAACAUCCAGGAGGCCCAGAGCGCCUGGAAGGACGACUUCGCCAUCAACAGCAUGUUGCGCAGGAAGUUCCGGGAGGAGAAGAAGAUUCUCCAGGAGGAAGAGGAGAAGGACCUGGCUCUGCAGACCAAGGCCAACCUGAGCAUUCCCCUGGUGCAGGAGACAGAGGAAGACCGGCGCCUGGCAGCCCUGCUCAAGUACCACAGCUUGGACUCUUAUGAGGACAAACAGAAGCUGAAGCGAACAGAGAUCUCUGGCCGCUCCUGGUUCCCCCCUGCUCAGGCUGCAGGUGGCAAAGCCACCGACACGCUUAAGAAGCUGGGGCUCGCUGGGAAAGUCAUGUCCCCGAAGGCGCUCGCUGGCGGCUCACACAUCACAAUCAGCCACUUGGGCAUUGUGCGCCGCAAAUCCCGGGAGGGGCCCGAGAGCCUGUGCAGCCCAGGAGAGAGCACAGAGCACGGGGCACGAACUGGCGGGCAGAGCCGCCAUAGCGCAGCCCAUGGGACGCCCCAGCAGAGCUCCCCCGUGGCCAGCGGCGACGUCCUCCCUGCAGCGGGCACUUCCAGCACCUCCUGCUCCACCAGGCUCAGCUCCUCUCUCGUGGCAGACUAUUCAAACUCCAGCUCUGAUUCUGAAGUGGACUGACACCCCCUGCCCCCCCCACCCCGGUUAGGGCUGGAUUAGGGGGCCCGUAUUUUUUCAAUGACUCUAAGCCAUAGACCCAGCCAGAAAUCUGGCUCCUCCAAGCCACAGCAGUGAUCUGUCCUUCUCCACAGAGCUCCCAGCCAGCCAGCCCUUCAAACACCCGGAGCAGCGCUGUUGUUACCCUUCCUGAUAUAACCCUGGAAAGGCAGAGCCUGUACCCUGUGUCUAUGAGAUUCCUCCCCCCAGAAUCGCAGGCAGGCUCCUCUAGUGUGGAUUCACAUCUGCCCCUGUGAUAUUUAUACAGUGCCCCUCACCCUUGUGUCCUGCCCCUCGUCCCCUGUAUCUGAUCCAUUAUUCCACUGUACAUAGUAAAGGCAGGGCUUAUUUUAGUCUGUCCUCCAUUAAAUGCUAGCCGCAGCUGAUUAACCAUGUGGUUCGCUGGCAGCACGCACCCGGAUGGUUGUGAUGAACCUUCAAGUCUCUCCUGCUGCAUAGCAACAGGACUGGAGAUGGGCAGUUAGCAGGGACUUUGCAGGGAAGGGAAUAGCUAAAAUGGAAACCCUCGCAAGCUGCUGAUAUAUUAAACCUGCUAAAUGGAGGGCUGCCAAGGGACUUGUCUCCAGGUGACAUUUUCAAACGCAGGCGUGACCUGAGACCCUAUAUCCCAUUUUCAGAAAUGACCUAGACCCUCAGGUCUGCUUUAGGUACAGAUCGUGUGCUGGUGUAACUGUCAGCCAGGACUGCCAUUUCUCUACUGAAAUAAUUAAAACCAUAGAACUCGCCCUGUUGAUUUUCAGUGAGACUAAGACCUUGUCCAAACACACACAAAUUGUACCACUUUUAACUACACUGGGCUAGUUAAAACUGGCACACCGCUCCCUCCCCCGGGCUUGACAGUGUUGUUUCAGUAUAAAGGUACAGUGUAACUAUUCCUAUCUGGGCAGGGGAAUACACUGUAGAAGGCACCUUUUAUAUCAGCAUAACAGCGGGGGGCUGGGGGGAGAAUGUUUAUAGAAAAGUCUGUAGAAUCAUGACUGGGGUGGAGAAAGUGACUAAGGAAGUGUUAUUUACCUCCUCACACAACACAAGAACCAGGGGUCACCCAGUGACAUCAAUAGGCAACAAGUUUAAAACAAACCUAAGGUUGUACUUUUGUCACACAAUGCACAAUCAACCUGUGGAACUCCUUGCCAUGUGAUGUGUGAAGGCCAAAAGUAUAACUGGGUUAAAAAAAGAACUAGAUAAGUUCAUGGAGGAUAGGUCCCUCAGUAGCUGUUGGCCAAGAUGGGCAGGGAUGCAGCCCCAUGCUGUGGUGGUUCUGAUUGUCAGAAGCUGGGACUGGACUACAGGGGAUGGGUCGCUCAAUAACUACCCUGUUCUGUUCAUUCCAUCUGAAGCAUCUGGCCCAGCCACUGCCGGGGUAUCCUGGGCUAGAUGGACCGUUGGUCUGACCCAGUGUGGCCAUUCUUAUGUCCACUAGGUUCUAGAGUCAGCAUGGUCAGCAGACUGGGGUUGGGAAUCAGGACCCCUAGGUUCUCUCCCUCGCUCUGGGAGAAUAGUGGGGGCGGGAUCAGCACUUGGCUUCUAUCUAGGGUUGUCAGUUUGGGUUGGACGUAUUCCUGAAGGUUUCAUCAUAUGACUAAUCUUUAAUUAAAGAUUAAUUUUUAGUUCCUGGAAACUACAA